AAUAGAGGUUUCUAAGAUGUAAUUCUGAACUAGGGUUUACAGAUUGUACGAAGAAGAUGCCCGGGUGACCACCGCAACCACCAACAACAACUAGUAUCAGUCACCAAUAGACGGAAGGGAUUUAAGUGACAUCACUUCUUUAAUGUAUGAUUGGGACGCAAACGAAGGAUGAGUUAGAUAGUUUUCCAGAUUUAUGUGCAUUUACCAAUUCAACCGCUCUCCUGAGUCGACAGUUAUGUUGGUCGUACUACUAGACAGCUUAGCCAACAUAUCACUGCUGAACAUCUCUGAUCGGGGUGGACAGACAAAAACAAUACAUAGCUCCAUUUUAUCACAUUUAGAUGGCGGUGGUCAUGUAGUGGAGAAAACGGAAGCUUUCAAGGCAAUUCAUCAUAUCCCACCAAAUCUUUCCAGUGGACUUCGUAUUCGUCUACUGCACGCACACACAGCUGAGGCGAUAAGCAUUCGAACUUUUAAACCUAAGCUAUGCAUUCCAAAGGAGUUUGUACAGCGAUUAUCCCUCUCUUGUUGGCCUAUUAAGACAUAACCAACUGAUGACUUCUACAUCACACCUUAUUUAUAUUUUCAACCCCUCUCUUAUCAUCCAUUAAUCUUAUCACAGCUUCAUUAAAACGUAUUUCAUUUACUUCUCUACAGUCAAUCUAGCAUUACUUAAUCGGUUCAUUUGUUUUUCUUAGCCUUUAUCGACACCUACGUCGAACAGUUGUUUAUUUGUUUAACCAUGCUGUUUUCCGUUAUUCUUGUUAUCACAGAUCGUCUCAUUUUUUCAUCCUUGUUAUUGAUAGAACCAUUAUUAUUAUUAUCGUUACUACUAUGACUAAUUGCACAAUCUAUACACUCAGUCGUAUUGACCU